AUGUCCAAUUAACUCAAAGGUAAACUAAUCGGAAAGUACAAGUCAAUUUGCUGUGGAGUAGGACUUGCUUCACCUGACUUUCCAUUUGCUCUAUUUACAGGUCUAAUUAUAUUAGGCCCAAGUAUAAUUCACUGUGUUUACACUGAUCCUGGCAUUGUUCCCGCUAAUACUAAAGAUAACAAGCAGGGAGAUAGAAAGGCUAGUAAGGAGCCCUAUCUUCUGUAUCCUCCAAGGCAUCAAAAUUAGGUAAUCGACGAAGCACAUAUAUAAAAUAACGUCUAGGCAUAUAAUUAGAAUCAAAACAGCUUAACUGAUCAUGCAAUAGAAUAAUAAGCUUCCCCAAUUCCGAAUAAAAACUCAUCAUCUCGGAUACUAUAAGAUAAAAAGGACACCAACCAUAUAGCAAUUGAUAUUGAGAAUAAUAUAUAAAGCAAUAAGGAAAACGUUGAGAAUGAAAACUAGAACUAAUCACCAGCAAAAAAUACUGGAGGAGAUAAGGACGAACUGUUUGAAAACUAUGUUGUUGUCAGAGGAGUUGAGAUUGUUGUUAAUCAUUGCAGAUCUUGUAACAUAAUUAGACCACCUAGAGCAUUUCACUGUUCUCGAUGCAAUAUCUGUGUUGAAGUUCAUGGUAUGAUAUUAGAAAAUAUAUGUGCUUAGGAUUUUAAAUCACUUUUAGAUCACCACUGCCCAUGGGUUGGAACUUGCAUAGGCAAAAGAAACCACAGAUAUUUUGUCUUGUUUUUACAGUGGACAAGUUUUCAUGCUAUCUUUACAUUCAUCACUGGACUCAUCUCAGUAUUAAAUGAUUAUCACACCACAGUCUAAGAUUUUUACAUCAAUGUGCCCUGCUGGGUUAUCAUGAUUUAUGGGGCUUUUAUAGCCAUUAUGCUCUUGCCUUUCGCUGCUUAUCACUGGUGGUUGAUAGGGACAGGAAAGACUACUAAUGAAGAAGUGAGAGGCAAAUAUUAGAAGUGGGGACAGAACCCCUUCGACUUUGGAUGUAAAAGAAAUUGCAAAUCAAUUUGCCAGAAAUAUCCAUCUCAAAUUUAUUCAGAAUAGACUAUCAAAAGCUCUGAUGUAGUAGAAUACGAAUAUUUGAGAAGACCUAUCCCUCAAAUUUUGCUUGAUAACGAUAUAGAUUGA